GAGGAACAGCCCAUGGAUCAGAAUAGGACUCUGUCCCAGCUCAGUGGAAAGAAAAACUGUGCAACUCUCAUCCGAGAUCAAACAACAAGUCCAGUCAGAUCAUUAUCAGGGGAUUUAUGCAGAUUGCAAGAGCAAAUACUGUACACAAAUCAUUCCUCCUGUUGGACAUGGGAAGCAAGAAACAUGUGCACUGAAGAAUCGAUUCAGCAUCAUGACUCCCCUGCAGAAUAACGGAGCCCAGAGGAAAAAAAUAGCAGAAAGUGGAAGCCGAAUGUUUAGAACCUCAGAGACAGAAAAGGUUGGUUUGAAAAGAUAAUUCCCAACCACAGAGAGGAUGAAACCUGCAGUAGAAAGGAGACGCUCGGCACCCACUAUGGCAAUUAGUAAAGCACUCAGCAAAUCAAGAACACCAUCCAGAGAUGGACUGAUUUCCCCUACGUCACCUGACAGCAAGUCACUUGUUCGAGCCUUCAGCAGCCCUACUACAGCCUUUAUCAUGGAUGAACGAGUCCAGCUCACAACAGGAUUGCAGACACAGGAACGCCAUCUCUUCCUCUUUAGUGAUGUCUUGGUGAUUACAAAAUCAAAGUCAUCAACAAACUUAAAGCUGAAGAACCAGGUCAGGUUGUGUGAAAUGUGGACAGCCUUCUGCAUCGAUGAAGUAUGUGAGAGGAAAACAACUCCAGAAAAUUCUUUUGUCAUCGGAUGGCCCACCACUAACUGUGUGAUCACUUUUAGUUCUGCAGAAGCAAAGGAAAAAUGGCUUUCAGCACUGCAAUGGCAAAUCAAUGAGAUGAAGCAGAAUGAGUAUCCAAAGAAAAUAUCCAUGAAGAUGCUAGUGAUGACAACACAGAGUGGUGCCUUGGCGUUAACACUUAUGGUGGGUAACACGGAUACAGCAAAAAAGGUCAUUAAAAUGGCAGCUCAGCAGCUCAGUGCAAAAGACAGAGCUAGCAAUUACCAGCUUUGGGUGAUUUCUGGAAAAGAGGCUACACCCUACCCACUGAUUGGGCAUGAGCAACCAUUUAGUGUAAUAAUGAACUGUCUCAGAGACUUUACAGCACAAGUGGAAAAGUCUGAUACUAACAUCCAGUCCCGGGGUGGCAAUAGAACUAUCCUGUUUGAAGACCUCCCAAAAACCAAGCAAUGUCAGUUUAUUCUGAAGCCAAGGCCCCAGCCAGACAUCCAUGUGACCAGAGAAUCAACUCCAAAAACUCUUAAAAAGAAGAAGUCAUUGAUAGACUGGGCUCUCCGCCGCAGUUCCAGCAACCAGUCAGAGAGCAGUCUCACCUCGGAGUCUCCAAUUACACCAAGGAAACUUUUUGGUCUGUCCCUACCAUCCAUCUGUAAGAAUGACACCCUUCCUAAGCCGAUCAUGGAUAUGCUUGUGCUAUUAUAUCAUGAAGGCCCCUCAACCAAAGGGAUUUUCAGGCGUUCAGCUAAUGCCAAGACCUGCAAGGAGCUAAAGGAAAAGCUGAAUUCUGGAAAUGAGGUCCAUAUGGACAAGGAAUCUGUCUUUGUGGCAGCAGCUGUCAUCACGGACUUUCUACGUAACAUCCCUGGCAGUGUUCUGUCAUCCGAACUGUAUGAGAAGUGGAUGGAAGGAAUAGAAAAUGAAAACGAAGAGGAAAAAAUACAGUCCAUGAAGAAUCUGAUGGAGGAGCUUCCAGAAGCAAAUAUCCUACUACUUCGUCAUUUGUUUGGAGUACUGCAUCACAUUGAGAGAAAUUCAGAAGAAAACCAGAUGACUGCUUUUAACCUGGCUCUUUGCAUAGCUCCAAACAUGCUGUGGCUUCCUAGUCCCGUGGGCCCAGAAGAAGAGAGCAAGUGCACAAGAAAGGUGGCCAUUCUUGUACAAUUCAUGAUUGAAAACUCGUAUCAAAUCUUUGGUAGUGGUCUGAAUUCACUCUUUGAAGGAUCAGGAGAUGUCCAGCAGGGAGAUUCCAAGGACUCACUUGAUGUGGACUUGUUACAGCCACAGUACUCACCUGACGGUAUGGAUUCGGCAUUUUCUGAUCAAAAAAGGCAAAAAAUUCAAAAGGAUCAGCAAAGUAACUCUGUCUUCAUCAGCUCGAAUGAUUCUAGACCACACACAACCGAAGAAUCCAAGGAUAUUUGGAGCCAGCAGAGCUUAUUCAAUGAAGAAGUUUCAUGCAAGAAAAUCCUAGAGAAGAGUGACAGUGGAGAUCUCUGUGAGCAGUUGGAAAAUGAGUCUUUAUACUCCUGCUCCUCCGUCUCUUCACUUGCAGCUAUUCAAAGCAUUGACUCAGCACGAGACCGUUGCUCAUCUGAGCCCAGUGUCUGCUUGUCACAUCACCUUGCCUUGUCUCACGAGCCAGUGGCCCGCCAGUCAAGCUGUGAUGCAGCCAUGACUCAUGGACACAUUGAUUAUUUACAGCAGCUGAAAAGGCUUCAGAUUGAAAGUCAGAAGCUAUUGGAUGAUGGAAAAGUCGCUGGCUCUAAUAAACCGAGAUAUACUUUUUGGAGGUCCCCUCAGAUUAAUACCAGGCUGAAACAGCCUAAUCCACAUAGAAUGAAUCUGUCAACAAGGUCAAGUCUGUCAAGCCUGUCUUCUCCCACCACUUCACCCUCAGAGUCCUCACUAAGUUCAAUAGAUAGUGCCUUCUCUUAUUCUGACUCAUCAGUGUUUGGUCGCAAUGACAGUUUGCACUUUGGGAAUUCUGGAAAAAGCCAGAUAUCCUCACCUUGUACCUCCAAUAAGCUUCCUGGCAAAUUAUCUGGGACAUCACCAUCUUCAAUGGCUUAUUGUCUUGAUAAUUUGGAUUGGUACAAUGAGGAAGCAGAAAAAGAAGGAGACUUGGACUGUGAGAGUGACCAAGAGGAUUCAGCCCAAAUAUCAAUGGAGCACGUGUCUCGUUCAAAAAGUCAAAGGUCUGUGGAAGUUGAAGGUUCUAAAAAGGACAUUGAAUAUUUUACAAGUGUCGCCUAUAUUGGACAUGAUGAAUUUGGGAGCAACUCAGUUCAAAGUGAUGCAGAGGAGUUAAACAGAGAAAGUAAUCAGGAAAGAAGGAAUAGAUUGACUGUUCCCAAUACUACACAAUUUGUCACAUUACCUGAGGAGCCCACUGUAAUGCCUUCUUAUAAUAAGAAUGUUAAACGCACUAAAAUAACAUUCUACAUGGCACCAGGAAAGGUGUUAACUAUACAACAUAUGGAUCAAGAGAGGCAGGACUCUGAAGUUGACAAUGCUGCACAAGAUAACAAUAGUCACUACAGUGUAUCAACACCCAGCAAAGGAAGUACAAGACAAUCAGGGCAGACUUUAAAGGUCCACAUCCCACAAACGGUGUUUUAUGGACAGGACUCUCCAUUAGUUCUCCAAUCUGUUGCGCGAAGACAGAUCUCUGAUGGAUGCAAGGCAUCCCAGCAAAAAAUUAUACCCAGAGACAUUUUAACAAGAACUUCUUCCAGAGACUCUCCUUCACAGAAUGACAAGCAGUUAUUAGAUGGCUCAAUUCAGCCUGUAUCUCCUCAGCAAUGUAGCAAUAACACUAGUAAUAAAAGACACACUAUUCGUUUUAUAUUACCUCCCUCUGUUAAAACUACUGUUAAGGACUACUUUCUUCACAACGAAGCCAAACACUGCCUCAGAGACACUAAGACAGUGGAGAGUGAGCUAAUUAGGAGAAGACAAGAAUGGCAAAGCAGGCAGUGCACUGAUUCACGAUUGGAAGACUUUGAAAAUAUUAUUUUCACAGAUGAAUCUUAUGUCUGAAUAUAUAACCUUCUAACAGUUAUUUUUAUUUCACGUUUUUAAUCCAGAUCAGCCCUCCAUAAUUUGCUAUUGAUAAAACUAGUCCUCACA